UGAAGAGUGGUGGUAAGUUCUCUCUAGAUGGAAACAGUGACCUAAGGAAGCUGAGGCAGCAGCGAUAUUAGAAGCCAAUCUCAUACUGAACAUCAAGAAAGAGAAGAAGACUGAUGCUGGAAAUUACUAUCCUGAAUGGCUGCUGUUAGGAGAAAGCUUACUGUAGUCGGAGAUGACCGCUGUGGUAAGACGUGCCUCCUCUUCGCUCUGCGUCAUGAACAGCUUCCCAGCUGCUACGAGCCAACUCUCUUCGACACUUAUGCCACUGACAUAGAGGUAGAUGGGCACGAAAUGAAACUAUUUCUGUUUGAUGUGUCAGGGAAGGAUGAAGUCAGUUACCAAAAUCUCCGCUCAGUGUUCUAUGAGGACACCAACGUUAUUUUAAUAUGCUUCUCGGUGGAUAGGCCUGACUCACAGCAAAACAUCCUUGAUUUUUGGGUUCCAGAAAUCAAACUGUUCUGCCCCACGGUUCCCAUUAUUCUGGUGGCUACCAUGAUAGAACUAAGGGAUGAUGAAGGUAUCCAGAAGAAACUAGCUACUUCAGGCAAUGAGCCGAUUAACACUACAGAAGGAAAAGCUUUAGCAGCCAGGAUUGGGGCAUAUGCUUACCUGGAGUGUUCUGCCAAGACAAAAGAAGGUGUCGAUACAGCCCUGGAGAUUAUUAGCCAAUGUGCAUUAAAUGAGAAAAGGAAGAGAAAGAAGCGCUGUAGGUCCUGCCAAGUUUUGUAAGAGGAGCGAACAUUAUUUUGCUGUUAGAUUUCAUGAUGUGGAAGGCACUUACAGGCAGAAUUCACGAAGCAAAGGGAAUGCCAACAUCCACACUCCGCUUCGCAAGUCAUCAACAAUCUGGAAAGAGACUAAGAUGUGCCGUCAACCUAAGCAGAGGCUCUCAGAGAGGCACAGAGAUGGAGCGAAAUAGAAAGACUUUGGGUGCAUCUCCACACUCUUCCCUUCUCCAAAGCACUGAUUGCUGCCAGCCCAAGGAUCUAACUGAAUUAUGGGCUGACAUUAAAGAUAGAAGUCUGGGAGAUGGUUAGUAAUGCAGGAUUUGAAGACGCAUGCUAUAACACAGUACAUGGACAGAAAAAAGUUCUAAGGUAAACUCCGGAUCCUGAAGUAAAGGGGCAGGACUAACUGAGCAUAACUGCCAUGAACUAGGAAGACAUGAAGAGUAACACUUUCUUUUACUGACUUACCUAGUGGUGGUUUCAUCACGCUAGCAGCUUGUCUACAGUUUUCCAAGGGGAAACAAAACAAGAGUAAACACAAAUUUUGAGGCUGAUCAUGCCACCUGCUGCUGUACGCUUAGCAAACUAGCUUUCCCAGGUGAGAGACCUAGUGAAAUACACACUUAAUAUUUUUUCCUUACCCAUUCUUCCCACAAAGAUUUGUGUAUUGAUGGUAUCAUGGGUAUAGUGUGGGGUUGGCCGAGUAUUAUUGGAUGGGUUGCUGCUACUUUUUAGCAGUAGGUUCAAAGUUCACAAUCCCAGUGUGGCAUAAUUAUAAAUGUUUCAAGGAUGAUACUUUACAUUUCCAAAAGUACCUUUAUUCUAAGAAUCUCAGAGCACUUUUCAGCAUGAAUUACCAACCCAUCUCUUGGUGAUAAGUAAGUGAUAUUUUCAAAACUGAGAAACUUAAACUGCUGCCUGAAGUAACUGUGAACCAUCUACUUCAUGGAGUUCUGUUUUUCCUUUACUCUUUUUCCUUGCCCUUUCUCAUUUUCCUCCAGAGAAAAUUUUCACCUCAACUUCUUCCCCUCUCUGUCUGUAGCAAUCCCCUCUAUGCAACCUGAUACUGUACCCAAAUUUUAAAACUGUUCUCCCCUUCCUCCUUGGAUGCGUGCGCUGCACAUAAGUGCUCUCCAGAUUCAGGUAAUAACAUACAUUAGUGCAUUUCAAAGAGCUGUAUUUAUGCAGAGAGGUUUGAAUUGUUAUUUCCAUUUUAUAUGUGCAUGUGUGGGUGGGCAGGAUUAGACUGCAGAUAGGUUAAAGAACACAGGUGUCUCAGGUGCCUCUGAUGUGGGGUAUUGAACUGGAGAGAUACUGUUCUGCAAAAACGCUAAGCACUGACUGCUCCCACUACUGGGAAAGCACAGACCACUUUGGUGAAUCUGAGCUUACACUGCCUGUUGCUGAGUAGGAUACCGGUCAGUAUGUUGGCUGGCAUCUGGUGUCAGUCUAACCAAACAAGUAUUUUUCUCCAGAAGGGUGUUCUGUUCAAGAUAAAGGUAGCUGGUUUCACUCCUAGUAUUCACUGUGUGUAUCUCUGAAUUAAACUGCAGUUACAGCGGGCUGAGUGUCUAUUUCUAAACAUUAACCUUUUUACUGUUUUACGUGAAAUAAAAAGUUGGUAAUCUUUUUGCACUGUA